AUGGCUGCUUCUUCAUCCUCUGCGGCUUCCUUCUUUGGAGUUCGACAAGAUGAUCAAUCUCACCUCCUUCCUCCUAAUUCCUCCGCCGCUGCUCCUCCUCCUCCUCCUCACCACCAGCCACCGCUGCCUCAGCAACCCCUUGAAGCUCCACCGCAGAAAAAGAAGAGAAAUCAACCAAGAACUCCAAAUUCCGAUGCAGAAGUAAUAGCCUUAUCUCCAAAGACACUAAUGGCUACAAACAGAUUCAUAUGUGAAGUAUGCAACAAAGGGUUUCAAAGAGAACAGAAUCUACAACUUCACCGAAGAGGACACAAUCUUCCAUGGAAACUUAAGCAGAAAUCGACCAAAGAAGUGAAGAGGAAAGUGUAUCUUUGUCCGGAGCCCACGUGCGUCCACCAUGACCCGUCACGUGCUCUCGGAGACCUCACCGGAAUCAAGAAACAUUAUUACCGUAAACACGGUGAAAAGAAGUGGAAAUGCGAGAAAUGUUCUAAGCGUUACGCAGUUCAAUCGGAUUGGAAAGCUCACUCCAAGACUUGUGGUACCAAAGAAUAUCGCUGUGACUGUGGUACACUCUUCUCUCGGUAA